GCCUUCCUCGAACGCACAGCCGCCGCCGCCAUGCAGGAACUUAUCGCCAGCGUGGAUCACAUCAAGUUCGACCUGGAGAUCGCGGUGGAGCAGCAGCUCGGGGCGCAGCCGCUGCCCUUCCCGGGCAUGGACAAAUCGGGUGCAGCUGUCUGUGACUUUUUUUUAAAAGCGGCCUGUGGAAAAGGAGGAAUGUGUCCCUUCCGGCACAUCAGUGGCGAAAAGACAGUGGUUUGCAAACACUGGCUACGAGGGCUGUGCAAGAAGGGUGACCAGUGUGAAUUCUUGCAUGAAUAUGACAUGACUAAGAUGCCAGAGUGUUAUUUUUACUCAAAAUAUGGGGAAUGCAGCAACAAGGAAUGCCCAUUCUUGCACAUUGACCCAGAAUCUAAGAUCAAAGAUUGCCCUUGGUAUGACAGAGGUUUUUGUAAACACGGCCCCCUCUGUAGGCACAGACAUACUCGACGUGUUAUAUGUGUGAAUUAUCUGGUAGGCUUCUGUCCAGAGGGCCCCACUUGCAAAUUCAUGCACCCUCGAUUUGAACUUCCCAUGGGAACCACAGAGCAACCACCACUGCCUCCACCAACACAGCCACAACAAAAGCAAAAUAACAAUCCACCACUACAGAGGUCAUCAUCCCUCAUCCAGUUAACGAGUCAGAACUCUUCUCCCAACCAACAGAGGACCCCACAGGUCAUUGGAGUUAUGCAGUCUCAAAACAACAGCAUGGGGAACAGGGGUCCUCGGCCAUUGGAACAGGUCACCUGUUAUAAGUGUGGUGAAAAAGGACAUUAUGCCAACAGAUGCACCAAAGGACAUUUGGCAUUCCUUAGCGGACAAUGAGCCAGCAGCACCUUUUAAAAUAUGAGGGCCGAGUUUUGCCUGAAACCACAUUGAACUUGUUGAGCCAUCUUUUUCCCCCAGUGACUAAACGAAAAGGACAGCCUACUGAGGACUACUUACACACAACCUCUUUUUUUGUAUUUCAUUUGUUUUACGUCUUAGAACAUAAGUGGUGCCUGCCUUUAUUCAGACUGCCCAGCUGGGAAGCAGGCUGGAGAAAAGCUUAAUACACAAGCCUUCUUCCAAAAUAGAA